UCAUUAGCAUCUGUCUGCUCUCCCUGCUUCAGUUUCCUUAAGCAUCUUCUUCGUUUAAGUUUUUCAUCAGGUGAAAUAAAAAUAGAGACUAGAGAGUCUGCUCAUAUAUAUGUUUUGCUUAAAACCCAAGAAGCAUAAAGAGAGUAAUUCAUACUGAAAUUCACACUUCACCAACUUAGGUGCAGCAAUUCUUUUUCUUUUUUCUUUUUCCUUUUUAUUUGGACUGCCCAAACUUUUUAAAAGGCUCCUUAAUCCCUAUACAUAUCUCUUAUUGUGUAUCCUAUCUUUUUCUAUCUACCCAAAUAAAGACACACAUAUCUUUCUCAUCCUAGCUAAUACCUUCUCUAGCAAUGUCUAAAGCAACUGUAAGAAAACAAGUUCUAGAGAAGAAGAGCAUAUUCACCAAUGAAAAAGAAAGGACAACAAGUAACCAACUGGGCUUCUUCUCCAAAAAUCUCAAAAAAGUGUAUCCAAUUGGCCUACACAGGAGCAAUUCUUCACUAUCCCUAUCUUCUGUAUCUUUAUCUUUGUCACAAAACUCCAACGACUCUUCUCUUACUGAUUAUUCCAACACCCCUCUUGAUCAAAAGAUAUCUUUAGCUCUUCGCCUAAUCACCCCACUGGAAAGAAGAGAAGUUCCAGCACUUUCAAGGAAUGUGCAGCAACAGCAACAGCAGCAGCAGCAACAGAGUCAAGAGUCUAAUGGUGGGGAGAUAAGGAGGUGCAACUGGAUCACAAAAAAUAGUGAUAAAGUCUACGUGGCAUUUCAUGACGAAUGCUGGGGAGUUCCAGUCUACGACGAUAAUCAAUUGUUCGAGCUGCUUGCCUUGUCUGGUAUGUUGAUGGACUACAACUGGACUGAAAUUUUAAAAAGGAAACAACUCUUCAGAGAAGCUUUUGCUGGAUUUGAUCCGAAUAUUGUUGCCAAUAUGGGAGAGAAAGAGAUCCUCGACAUAGCCUCCAAUAAGGCAAUCAUGUUGGCUGACAGUAGAGUGAGAUGCAUAGUAGACAAUGCCAAAUGCAUAGCCAAGAUUGCAAGGGAAUUCGGAUCGUUUAGUAGCUUUAUGUGGGGGCAUGUGAAUUAUAAGCCAACGAUCAACAAAUACAAAUAUCCAAGAAAUGUACCCUUAAGGACUCCAAAAGCAGAAGCCAUUAGCAAAGAUCUACUGAAAAGAGGAUUCCGAUUUGUGGGUCCGGUGAUAGUAUACUCAUUCAUGCAAGCAGCAGGGUUGACAAUUGAUCAUCUUGUCGAUUGUUUCAGGCAUGGUGAAUGUGUAGGUCUUGCAGAAAGACCAUGGAGGCACAUCUAAUCUAACUCUCUCUCUCUCUCUCUCUCUCUCUCUCUCUCUCUCUAUAUAUAUAUAUAUAUAUAUAUAUAUAUCCCAAAAGGGUUGUAAAUACCAUGAUGCCAUCGUAUUUAUUUAAACUUGUGCAUGAAAUUCCAUAGGAGCAUAAUUGGUCUUU